UAUGAUUAACUUUGUACUCUCUUUUUAAAUUCUAUAUCAGAAACAAAAGAGAACAUGGCUACCAUAGUCAUUGCCAUGGUGAUGCUUGGAAUAGUGAAACAAGUGGAUUCUAUUCCCGUUGACCAGUUUGUCUCACCUGUCAUAACAGAUGGACAAGACAGAUUCCUUUCUGGCAGUGGAUUUUCAGGUUCCACUCAAGUGCAGAAGGUGCUACAAAAUCUAGUUCAGUAUGCAGAUAAAUCAAGCAGAAACAACAUGGAGAAGAUACAGGAGCAUCCCGACAACCCAAUAACAAAUGACAGAUUGUCCAGAAGAAAGAGAAGUCACGAAGAAGAGACACAAAAGACACUGGAUCAGUUGCAAACGGGAAUGGUGGAACUGGUAUCUAUCAGAGGGGUUCUGUCUCUCCCUGUGGACUACCCCAAUGAUGUGGAGACUUUGUUCUAUGGUGAUGAUCUCUAUAUCAUCAUCACCCAUGCAAGUAACACAUCCAAUCCAUCUAUCUGCGAUGAAGUCCAUAUCUACAGAUUUGACAACCAAACAGGGCAGGCAGAGUUGGUUCUUGUCCAAAGUGCUCCCGAUGUCCAAGACGUUGACUUCUUUAUUUAUGAUGGGCUCCAUUAUGUUGUGGUAGCAAUAUGUGGGGAUGGAAGCACAAAGUCUGCGGGACUUUUUACAUACUUGUGGACCGUGGACCAACCCACCGAUUCCCAGACUUUCUUUCAAGUACAAAGGCUAAAAAUGUCAGAGCCGACUGCAGUGGAGACAAUUAUAGGGGGCAACACUCAAUUUAUUGUUGUAGUUGAAAGGUCCCAUGCAAUCCUCAAUGUAGAGGCUGCCGUUAUGUACGAAUGGAAAGGUGGUCAUAUGGAUGAAUUUGCUGCUUUCCCCAAGCCCAACCUGGUCAGUAUCAUACCAUUUUGUGUCUUCAGUCGUGUCUUCCUGGGCCUUGCGAGCAGUGCAUCAAUGUACGAUGAACCGAUAACCAAUUCUGAGAUACUUCUCUACAACCUCCAUCUCCAUCAAUUUGAGACCUUUCAGACAAUCACCACAUAUGGCGUCCUCGAUAUGGAUGUUUUCACGUUCGGCUCCGGCUUUGAAUUAGAAGUUUUUCUUCUUAUAGCCAACACUUAUGAUGAGCAAGGUCGAACACCAAGGUCUUUCAUCUACAAGUACAACGAAAAUAAAUUUAUACCAUUCCAGUGCCUGGAAAUCGCCGAUAUCCGUGGUUGGUACACCAUUCUUGAUGAGAAUAAAGGUUUUGUCAACCUCAUAAUAUACACGGCAACAACCAUCACUUUCUACGAAUACGAUGGAUGGCAAUUCCAAGAAUCAACAUUGCAGUUUGAACCAUCUUCUCUUGCAGUCCCAGUCUGCUCCAUUUCUGUGAUCGUUUCUGGUUACAGGGCCAACUUGGUCCUUGCAAGCCAAUCGGAACAAAAUGAAACGGAGAUGAACCUGUUCAAGCUACAGUUUGCCCCCGUUAGCAUUCUGGCAAACUAUGUGGAGUUGUCUGAAUCGGUGUGCGAAUCCUCCGGGACUGAGUAUGAGAACAUAACCCACACACAUACAACUAUCAUCACAAAGAUUCCAGACCUGAUUACUGUGGACGGUGGCGAAUUUGAUUUAAGCGGAAAUGUUUCCUUUUUGAGUGGCAUCACAGCUGAGGACAUAGUCCUAAAUGAAAUCAUAAUCGAAGAUGAUGUUGUCCUGACCAACGCCGAAGAAGAACAGCUGCAAAGGAUCAUCAACAAGAUGAACACCAAUGCAAAUAAGAUUACUACCAUGCAGAACGAGCUUCCCAAUACUGUGCUCCUAAAUACAACUCCUCAGACUAUCACAGGUCUGAAGACAUUUGCUUCCUUUGAGGCUGUAGGUGACCUUUCACCUUCGACUCUCACAGUAACCUCUGACCUUGUGAACACUGACAUCAAUAUUCAAGAUCUUUAUGAUGAAUAUAUAGAUAAAACUUCAAAUGUAGAUAUAUCUGUCUCCUUGCUGAUCUUGGGAGGUAUCGAUGUGACAGGAGAACUGACCACGACGGGUACGGUGGAUGACGUGGAUAUGACUGAAGUAGUCACACUCUCUGGAGAUCACACCAUCACAGGGGUCAAGACAUUCACCGGUCAAAUCACUGCAAACGGAGAUUUCGGUGUCAGUGGAACUGUCGACGGUGUCACCCUGACGCCUGCUUCCGUCCUGCAGACCAGCGGAGCUCAGACCGUGACUGGGACGUACACCUUCAGCGCCUCAAUCACAGCUACAGAGAAUGUCGUGGUUACAGGCACGGUGGAUGGUGUGGACCUAUCAGAGCUCAAGGAUGAAGCAGUCUACCUUGAUGGAAGUCAUGACAUCACCGGACCCAUGACGUUCGAUGGGGCAGUGACCAUGGGUGCCGGUCUGACGGUCACCGCCGGUAAUACAGUUGACGGAGUGGACAUUGAGGACCUUGAUGCUGGUAUCCUUCGCCUGUCUGUGCAGCAGGAUGUAUCAGCGGAAUACACCUUCACCAGCCCACUGACUGUAGAGGCCGAUAUAACUACAGACGGUACCGUGGACUCAUUGAACUUCCCUUAUGACGUUGUGCUGAUUGAUAACCCUAACAUGGUUAACAUUGCGGGACCUCUAAAGUUUGCAAACGAUGUCACUUUGGAGUCUCUUGUUCUUCGGGACCACAUCAACAACAUCAAUGCUCUAGAACCUUACAGGAACCUGGACCUCCUACUCACGGCUGCUACGAACACCAAGAACAUUCAGCAAGUGAGUGGAAGCGUUGAGUUUAGCACUGACAUCUACCUCAACGAUGACACCAUCAUCAAUGACAGGAUCGACGGUGUCAACCUCAAGACACUGGUUCCCAAAACUGUCUUCAAUUAUGGGAACCAGGAGAUUACAGGUGUGAAGACCUUUGCGAAGGAUGUGGACAUUCAAGCCGACCUGACGGUCAGUUUGCACAUUGAUACAGUGGACAUCAAUGAUCUAGAUGACAAUGCCAUCAAGCUCAGCAGUGGAGACCUGAGCUCUAUUGGAGAUCUGGAUUUCAGUGGAAAUAUAGAGUUCCAAGAUGAAGUCACCACUAACAAUGCACACACAUUUGGAACCUCCACCACGCUCUCGGACCUGGUCACCCAAGGCACCACGGAGACAAUCGCCGGCGCCAAGUCCUUCUCCGCAGUUACGUCCAGUGAGAAUGUCCAGGUCACUUCGACCAUCAACAGGGUGCCCAUCGAUAAACUGUACAGCGAGGCGGUCAAGCUGGACAGUGCAUCAGAAGUGACCGUCUCGGGGUCAUGGCAGUUCAGCAAUGAUGUAAACAUAGGAGGGACCUUAAGUGUAUCUGGUGAUAUUGAUGGCAUUGACCUGGACAAUGCAGUGACCAUCAGCGGUGCCCAGACGAUCACCAGCGACACCUCCUUCACCCAGACUGUGACCGCUUCCACCAGCCUAUCGAUCGGUGGUGACCUAGUGCUCAGUGGAGACUUGAAUGGAGAAGACAUCGAGGAGGUGGAGUCUGAUACACUAAAAUGCUCAGGUGCCCAGGUAGUAACAGGAAGCAAAACCUUUGAGACUCUGACCGUACGGGACGACCUUGUGGUCUCGGGCACUGUUGGUGGAGUGGAUGUCUCAGACAUGAACGAUAAUGCUGUAUUUACCUCGGGAAAUCAAGACAUUGCCGGUGCCAAGACGUUUGGAGCAAGCCCUACGUUCACUGAUGUAGAUUUUAAUAAUGUAGUGAAUGGAAUCAGCGUUCCAGGCUUCUUCGACACAGUCCUGACCCAAGGCACAACCCAGACGGUCCAGGGCACGGUACAAACCGUCGACGUCGUGAUGGAAGACAACGUCAUUGUCAGCAGUACCGUUAAUACUCUGGUGGUAGAGGAUAUGUGGACCCACUCAGCAAAGAUCACGGAUACUGAGUAUACAAUUCCAAUCGAGUUCUCUGAUGUAGACUCUGAGGAUGAUGUGACUGCAUCAGGAGCAGUAGAUGGGAUUCUCAUCAGCAGAGAUGUAGCUAUCUCGGCUACAGCAGAUCAAGUUUUUACAGGAGCAAAGACCUUUCAAGCUGCAACCUCCUUUGGUGCAGACAUCAAUGUUGAACUGGUCAAUACUAUUGACAUCUUGCAGUUGUGGAAUAAGGUCGUUAAGAAUGUUGGCAACCAAGAUAUCACAGCCGGAAAAACAUUUUCAAAUGGGAUCACAAUCAAUGGAAACCUAGCAGUGACAGGGACAGUCGACGGCGUUGAUGUAUCUGACCUUGCAGCUCGUGCUGUGGUGACAUCGGACGUUAAUAAUGCUGUUCAGACCAUCACUGCAGCCGUCACUCUCUCGGCCGUUACUGCUGAAAUGAAUGUCAACUACGGUGGACACCUCCAGACAGUCGACAUCCAAGCCUUGGAUAGUUCCUACUUCAGCCGUUCAGCCUCCUCGCAGACCAUCAUCGGAAGCAAGCGUUACACCGGCAUUGUUACCAUAGCAACCGGUGCUUCUAUCACUGUGAAUUCCCUGGACCUAGAUGGGUUGUUGAACACGUGGGACAUGGACCAACUGCAUGAGGAAGUCUGGAUGGACGACGCGGUGGAUACCGUUUACGGUGUCAAGACGUUUCAGCAGUGUAUUUCUAUUAAAGGUGACUUGCUUGUGGACGGCACCGUCGAUGGUGUGGACAUCUCGGACAACGUGAUGGUGACCAAUCAAGUCCAGUUGGUUACGGGAUUCAAGGCCUUCACCUCGGACGUCGCCAUUGAUAGGCAGAAUCUCAACUUUGAGAACAGCAUAACCAUUGACGGAGUGGAUGUAUCGGACUGGGGAGGGCAUGCAGUCUUGAAGGCCUCUGGCUAUACCAUCACUGCAGAUCUAGCGUUUGAAUCGAUUCACUUUGAUGAAGAUGUAGGGGUGACAGGCCUAUGCAGUGGGCUGAACUUCUCUCCAAGAACUUUCAUGACCAAGUCCAGAGACCAGACAGUCACUGCCAUCAAAACAUUUCAAUUUGGGGUCCUUUUCUCUGGAAACAUGGAUGUGACUGGUACAGUCCAAGGAGCUGAUGUACAAGACAUUAAAACAACUUCUCUUCUAGUAUCGGGCGAACAAACUAUCACAGGUCCUUUGGUGCUGCAGACCCGUCCGACCUUCUCAGACAUCACGACGACGGCUCUCAUCGACGGUGAGGAUGUGGUAGAGCUCUAUCUGCGUACACACAGUACACCAGCUUUGGACGACUUUGAAGAUUUCCUGGAUGACCAGUGUCAUCUCCUUGACGACAUGCAUGAUGCAUUCCAGAACCAGGCCUACAUUUUGAGAUACCCAGAGCUGGUCCAAACCAUCCAGACCAACGGGCGUGGCAAGAUGAGGGGGUACUAUUUUGAUGGGGUCCAGUGGCUAUUCCAGGCUAUGGGUGACCCCAUCUUAGACUCGACUGCAGAUAAUUCAUGUCAGGAUUCGUUCAUCUACCAGUGGAAUGACGUUAAUGACAGAUUUCAGAGGUUUAAGACACUCAAGCUGGCGUACAUUCACGAUGUUGCAUUUUUUGAUCACGAGGGUUGGCUGUUCAUGGCUGUCAUCACCUCAAACGUUGCCAGAGGCUGUGAAGAGCUAAACUUCCUCCCGCUCAGUCUUGAACCAUUUAGAUAUAACGCCUAUAACCUGGAUGGUAAAGUAUUGAUAUGAUUCUAAAUGCUCUUUCAGAUGUGAUGCGAUAAAAUGCCAUAGUUUAUGUAUGUGUUACUGAAUUUUCUGAGCUUUGUGUCAUGAAAUAUAGAAAUGUGAAGAAUAUUACACUUUAUGUCAUCGGUUUACCGCUUAAUAUCUGAACAAUGUAUGGUGUGUUGAUAAUUGUUCUGUGGUCAUUUCCUACCCCUAGCUUAAAUUUUGGACCAAACAGUAUAUCUUACCCUAGUCUACAUAUCUUUACUCUAUAUCUUUGAUGAAAUAAAGCACAAAGUAAAUGCUGCAGGAGCAAAUGUUAAAUGAUCAGUGACGUAUUUCUCUAUUUUGCCCUAAAAAAUCCACUGCAAACUUUAUGAUCUGACUGCAGUCCAAUUUAGGUAAACAAUGACCUGCCCCCACCACCCAUUGAGUGGUGAAAAAAGCAAGAAAAGCAAGAAAAGAGAAAAAGGGGGAAAGGACAACAACAUUAACACCUGGGCCCAUUGCAUAAAACCUACCAUUGAUGGUAACUUUGCUAUCAAUAUUAACUACCAUGG